CCACCCCCCACCCCCACUUCCCAAAAACUAAAAAACAAACAAACAACAAAAACAAGCACCCUUUCACUCUCUCUCUCUCUCGCUCUCGGCAGUUAAGCAGCUCCAAUCUCUCCCACCUAAUUCUAUUACACAAACACACUCUUUCUGUAUUUCCCCUCAGUUUUAAAAAAUAAAAACGAAAUUCCUCUUUUACUCUCUCAGCUCAAACUAAUUCCAUCCAUUUAUUUCUCUCAUUCAUUUCCAUUCAAUUCCCCUUUCAUUCAUUCAUCUGUUUAUUUCACAACACAGAGAGAGAGAGAGAGAGAGAGAGAGAGAUGCCGUUGGUGAGGUUGGAGGUGAGAAAUGAGUACGGUUUGGGGCAGCCGGAGCUUUACAAAGAGACCAACAGAGACGAUCCCAAAGCCGUGCUCGACGGUGUCGCCGUCGCUGGCCUCGUCGGGAUCUUACGCCAGCUCGGCGAUCUUGCUGAAUUUGGAGCAGAGGUAUUUCAUGGCUUGCAGGAGCAAAUAAUGACUACAGCUUCUAGAAGCCAUAAACUAAAGGUUCGUGUACAGCGCAUCGAAGUUGCACUUCCUUCCCUUGAGAAGGCUGUACUGACGCAAACAAGCCACAUUCAUUUUGCUUAUACUGCUGGUUCUGAAUGGCAUCCUCGUAUUCGAAAUGAACAAAAUCACUUCAUCUACAAUGACUUGCCACGGUUUAUUAUGGAUUCCUAUGAGGGAUGCCGCGAUCCUCCACGUUUGCACUUGCUUGACAAAUUUGAUACUGGUGGCCCAGGAUCUUGUUUAAAGAGAUAUUCGGAUCCAACUUUUUUUAAAAAAGUGUUUUUUACCUCUGAUGAAGCAACUGAAAAAACCCAAGCCAAUAGGAAGGCUCGUAGAAGCAAGAAAAAAAGGUCAUCGCAACGGAACGGACAAGUAUUGCGCAGUACAUCAAUAUCCAAUCGCAGUAGCAGAUUGCAGUUUGCUUCUCCUACUGUUAACCGGCAAACUUCUCCUUUGCAAACUACCUCAGCAGUAGACAUAAUGUCAAAUUCUGACAUGGGAGACUGCUCAAAUUCCUUUGAUUCAAGAAGUGGUUUGCAGUUCACUUCUCAUAUUGUCAAUGGGCGGACUUCUCCUCAAACUGCCUCUACAGUUGACACAACUUUGGACCCUGGAGACCAUGCAAAUUCUUAUGAUUCAAGAACUGCUUCAGGAUAUAUUGAAUGUGUUUUCCAUCCAAGUCAUUCUGUGCAACCUGAACAACAGGAAUCACCAUCUUCUAGGUUGAUGCAGCCUAAUGAUACCCUUGAUUCAACUUUUCCUGAGGAGGAAACUAAGGCUAUAGUUGAUAACUUUCCACAAAGUUUGUUACAAGAGCAAAUUGCCUCUGGUUCUUGUGUUACCUGGGAUGAAAAGUCAGAGAUAGUGGAGCCUAAAGGUCACCAAAGUGAUAGGGAUGAAGCUCCAGAGACGCUGUUGUCAAAUUCUGACACAGAUACACAUGAAGGGAGAGGAGUUGACCUUAGAAAUGUCGAUCAAAUGGAUACACAUGAAGGGGGAGGAGUAAACCUUAGAAAUGUUGAUCAGAUUGAUACACAUGAAGGGAGCGGAGUAAACCUUAGAAAUGUUGAUCAAAUGGAUACACAUGAAGGGAGCGGAGUAAACCUUAGAAAUGUUGAUCAGAUUGAUACACAUGAAGGGAGCGGAGUUUACCUUAGAAAUGUUGAUCAAAUGGAUACACAUGAAGGGAGAGGAGUUAUCCUUAGAAAUGUUGAUCAAAUGGAUACACAUGAAGGGAGAGGAGUUGACCUUAGUAAUGUUGAUCAAAUGGAUAAACAUGAAGGGAGAGAAGGGAGAGGAGUUACCCUUAGAAUUGUUGAUCAAAUGAAUACACAUGAAGGGAGAGGAGUUGACCUUAGAAAUGUUGAUCAAAUGGAUAAACAUGAAGGGAGAGGAGUUACCCUUAGAAUUGUUGAUCAAAUGAAUACACAUGAAGGGAGAGGAGUUGACCUUAGAAAUGUUGAUCAAAUGGAUACACAUGAAGGGAGAGGAGUUGACCUUAGAAAUGUUGAUCAAAUGGAUACACAUGAAGGGAGAGGGGUUAACCUUAGAAAUGUUGAUCAAAUGAAUACACUUGAAGGGAGCGAAGUUAACCUUAGAAAUGUUGAUCAAAUAUAUACACAUGAAGGGAGAGGAGUUAACCUAAGAAAUGUUGAUCAAAUGGAUACACACGAAGGGAGAGGAGUUAACCUUAGAAAUGAUGAUCAUGUGGAUGGCCUACAUGAAAAUAGUCUUGAGUUGAUGUCUGGCAUGAAUCAAAUUGAUGACAUUGAAAGCGAAACAGAUAAUUACAUGGAUGCACUCAACACUAUUGAAUCAGAAUCUGAAAAUGAUAUUGACUGUCAAACAAAAAGGGAAGUUGAGCUGUAUAACUCUGAUAGUGAUGAUGAAGGAAUAGAUGUAAUCCAUGAGCUUCCUGUGAAUAGUUCAGACCAUAAUCCUCCAGAAUUGGAAUCUCAUACUGCAUCCUACAUUUCCUCAAAUGAAGGAAUGCUAUCAAACAUACCCAACUCAGAUUCCCCAGAGAGUUUUGCGCAUGAACAUAUUCCUCAAAUGGCUAAAAUAUCUCCUAAUUUAGACCAUUCAGUAGACAAUGAUUCCAGUGAAAGCUCUGAUAUUCUUGAUGAUUCCAAUUCAGUAUCUGUUAGUGGUCCAAUAUCCUCUGCCUCUGAAAUUUCUGAUUUCAGGGAUCCAUCGAGGGGUAAGAUCAUAAGCGGAUUUUUCAAGUCUCAAGAAACUCCUGCUGACAUUUCUGGUGUUCAUUCAAAUACUUUCUGGACUAAUGGUGGCUUGUUAGGACUUGAACCAUCAAAACCUCCUGAUUUCACCAUGCAGAAUGCUAUGAAACAGGAUUCAGUGAACAGAAGUAAAGAUGAAACAGUUUGCCUGCCAGCACAUGGUUUCAUGCUCAGAGGUGAUGAGCAUGAAGCAAAACAAGAUAUAUUGGCCAAGAAAGCUGGAGUCAUUGAAAAGGAUCCAAGUUAUGUAUGCUCCACAUCAUGCCAAGAUGGUGUCUCCACCAAGAAGACAGAUUCAGGAUUUUCACCAGUUGAUUCAGAUUCCAAGUGUGAAAUUAGUGUAAUGGCACCUAAAACCGUGAUGCCAGUAGCACCAGAUAUGAAAUCCAGUUAUGCUGAAGGCAAUCAGGAAAAUGAUGAAAACUCAUCUCUAGUGUUCGGACUCAGCCGGAGGCUACUAGCAAAUGGUUUGUAUAAAAAAGUUUCACUUGUUCAUCAUGACAAUCCUGAACCUGUUAGUUCUGUGGAUGCUGUUGGAUUGGAGCAAUGUAGUGGGCAGCAUAGAGUUGUGAAUCAAACAAUUCCUGAGACAACUAUCGAAGAGCAGCUUGGACAUGGGUCUCCUGUAGAUUCACUUACUUCUUCACCACCUCUUGAACAUAUGAAAAUAUCUUUCCAUCCCCUAAAUGGCUUUGAGACGUCCAAACUAAAACUGAAAUUUCCUGAUGGGAACCAACGCUUUGAAGGCAUGAGAGACAUGUUUCCAUCAUUUCAGUUGGUCCCUGAGCCUGAUAUUCCUCUGAAUGAAUUUGUUUCUGAGUCUGAUGAUGACACAUUUUGUAGAUCAUCUCCUUCUAAGUCUGAUGAUUGUCUUAGCCAUCACUCUGAGUCAAAUUCUGAGCAGUGGGAAUCUGGUGAGAUUCCUGAAAUCAACAAUCUUGAACUAUAUGAUGCCUUAUGCAGAAUCCCAUCGGGGGAAUCUAUGUCAAGCUCUAUGGAUUUUGUGGGAACAGCCAAUAAUGGUGUCCACAUUGAUGGUGGAAACAAAAGUGCAGACACCAGAAAUGGUGUGGAACCUUCUCUGUCUGGUCCUUUCCUUGAUCUUCCCAAUUUUGAUACUGUGAAUCCUGUUCUUCUGCAAAAAACAAAUGACGAUCCUAAUCUCCUCAAGUUGGAAUAUCCUGGACAGCCUACCCCACAACCUCCACCUCUGCCUCCUGCACAAUGGCGGAUGUCCAAACCCCAUGUGGAUGUGACAGAAGACGAAGAAGACAAUCUAUAUGAAGCUCUUAAAUCUGCAUUUGAUCUGAAACUUUUGGGAUCUGCCAUGUUUCAGCAACCUAAGCCAGCCCCAGCGAAGCAACAAGAUACUAACAAGGAGGCCAAUAUUGUAGAACAGAAGAGCAAGCAGGACCAGCAGAAGUUGAAUGGGCAAAAAGAAGCUAAUCAAGCUGUGAAUGGUACGGAAAUGGAUGAAAGGGGAGAUUUCCUACAACAAAUAAGAUCGAAAUCUUUUAACCUGAGACGCACAGUGACUGCAAAGCCAACUAAUACGCCAGCGCCAACCAAUGUCCAAGUCACUGCAAUCUUGGAGAAAGCAAAUGCAAUUCGCCAGGCUGUUGGGAGUGAUGAUGGGGAUGAUGAUGAUACUUGGAGUGAUGCUUGAUUUAUUCCUUUCAGGACGUGGUAGGGUCCAUGAUAAGCAAUUUUCUUGUAACUGUGAGUUUAAAAAGUUGGGUAAAGCUGCAUUAUAUAUAUGUGAAUAAUUCUAGUUUCUUUUUGUAAUUAAUUGUAGGGCUUCUUUGUAUCUUAUUGUGAUCAUUUAAUUGAUUCCUUGUUAAGUCAGUGUUGUAAACAAUUUGAUAAACUCUCAGCCUGAGCACAAUGUAAUCUACAUAUUUGAGGCAAAAGUGAUAUGCAAGGCCUGAAAAUAUGAUGGUUCCAUUGGUUUUA